AGAAGUUCGGCACUGCGAGUGUUAUAGAGAAAUAUCUCACUGAUAUUUUUCAGUAUUUCACCAGUUAGCAUAACAAAAUUUGUACUUCAAAAUUUCUCAGCCAGAUAUUUAGCUUCUUUCAUUUUUUCUCAAAAGUGACUGUAACGCAGAGAAGUAGGGAACAUUGUUUUCGAACUAGAUAUUCAGAUGUUAAUCUUGUAAAUAUAACACUGAUACACAUUCUAUAAACUAGCGCAAUCAGUACACGUUAAUCAAACUAUACACAGGUUUAAGAUAAGAUAAAGCGAAACAGGUCUACUGAUAUGCCGUCAUAUUUCAAAUAUGAACUGUUUAUUUAACUGUUUUAAGAGCUAUAAAACAGAUGAAUAUAUUGAGCUUAUUCAGAUAGAAAAAAUGACACAGGACUGUAAGUGCAAUUAUAUGAAGCAAGUGAAAGAGUUUAAAGACGAUUCGGAAAUUAUAAUAAACUCUUUUAACACCUGUAGUGCGCAUGAAAGAAUUGAUUGUGAAGAAUGUGCAACACCUCCUGAAGUUAGUACGAUUGGCAGAGAAGCAAAUGAUGAUUCUUUGCUUAUAGUACCUAAGCAAUAUUUUUUAGAUAUUGGGAUAUAUAGAAUGAAAAUGGAAAAAAAUGCAGAAGAUCGUACUGAAAUGUUAGAUUGUAUGCAGCAAUACGAAAAUAAAUUACUAAAAUUGUUCAGUGUUUGGGAUUCAGAAAAAUUGAAUUUGGGAAUGAAAAAAUUAUUGGUUAACAAUUUGCUGAAAUCUAUGGAAAAAUGGUUCACAGUUUUGGAAGAAAAAGGGAAGUACAUCUCAAUGGAAAAAGAUACAUUUCAACAAAAGAAAAUUUGUUUCUGUGGAACUGAGUAUGGAGAUCAAAAAGAAGACCUUGAGCAACAAGAUUCGAACACACAUUCAAAGGUCAAAGUCGCAGAGGACUUUGUAUUUACCGGACAAGAUAAACCAGUAACAAUUAUUGACACUGCUAAAACUGAAGUUUCUGAAGACUUUUGUCACGAACUGGAGACUAUACUUAAGGAGCAUGGCAUAAGAGUAACAAGCAGCGAAAACCUAGGUGGACAACUGGUGCCCUUACUCGUGAUUUGUAUGAAUGAUACCAGAAUAAAGUCAGACAUAGAAGCGGCGCUGGAAAAAGUCUGUUUUGAUAAUUACAGCAAAGCUGCCUUUAUAACGGUACACUCUAAAUCUAAAGACCAUUUCACCGUCGGAGAUUCACAUAGGGAGCUGGACGCUUUGAAAACCGAACACAAAAAAUACGCAAAAGUUACUUUUGCAACCGACUGGGCGUUCAAGAAGGGGUGCAAGACAAGGAACAGUGAUCAAGAGAACAAAAUCAUAGAAUUUCUGAAAGGGGAGACCAGAGUGUAGAAAAAGCGAUAAAGAUUUCAAAAACUGUUCAAAGUAAAUGAAGCGGAAAUUGAGUACAUUUAAAAACAAAGGUAUUUGUAUUAAUAUGUAAACCCAUUUAGGAAUUACACUUAAACACUUGCUUAAUGCCUUCUUUAAAAGAAAAAUAGCUGCCAAUGCCGAAAACUGAUACCAAUUCUAUUACUGCGCUUGUUCCAUAGAAUUGUCUUAUAGAUUUGAUUGUAGAACAUGAAAGGAUUCUAUGUUAGGUGGAUAUAAAAAUAAUAGUUUUGACGGUUAAGCGUGACCCAAGCAGUACAUUUUAUCUAUAUAGUACUUUUUUACAUGUAUAUAUUAUAAACAUUAAAUCAUAAAACAUUAUAAAAUACAAACGAUUACAAAACUCAGAAUGAUAAACCGAUAUUUUUACAUAAACAAUGCAAGAAAAUCAAAAUUAAAGAUAUUAAACCCAAACCAGACAAACAUUAUGUAAAUUCAAUAAAUACUGUCACUAACGAUCUUCCAUAGAAACCAUUGUAUAUAACAGCACGGACGCUUUAUGCAUUUGAUAACGGAUGUGUACGCAACAUACCUAUAAACAAUCGAUUUAUUCUGUUACAACCGAUCAAGUUAUCCAUUUGUUGUAUUGCAUACUCAUAAACAGAGGUUGACUUCAAUGCUUUAAUGAAAUUUGAAUUUAUAGAGAAAUCAUUGGA